CGUUGUUGUGUAUACAAUACUAUAACCUUAAAGAUACAACAGAAUCAUAACCUAUAAACUACAAUCACAUAAACGUUUAUAUGAUCGUGCUGUACACUAUACUUUGUCAUUUGUCAUCGACUACAGAAUAAAAUUAAAUUUAUCGUUGUUAUAAUAACGUAAGAAAAUGAGGCAAUAACACUGUUUAAGACAUUCUAAACAAACAUAAGUUUAUUUGGAAAAACUUACAGAUUAUACAUAUCUGAGUAUUUGGACAGUACUAAAUUGUUUUAUUGAACAUUGUUAUUUAUAUAAAAAAUGGCGCGAAACGCAGAAAAGGCUAUGACCACUCUUGCUCGGUGGAGAGCUGCACAAAGCAACGAAGGAGCCAGAAAGGAACAGGAAAGAAGACCGUAUUUAGCUUCUGAAUGUAGAGACUUGCGAAAAGCAGAAAAGUGGAGAAUGCAAAUAAUUAGAGAAAUUGCAAAAAAGGUUGCACAGAUUCAAAAUGCUGGUCUAGGGGAAUUUCGAAUUCGAGAUUUGAAUGACGAGAUUAAUAAAUUGUUGAGAGAAAAACGACACUGGGAAGCUCAGAUAAAAGAGUUAGGCGGGCCUGAUUAUUCCAGAGUAGGACCACGUAUGCUAGACCAUGAAGGUCGUGAGGUUCCUGGAAACCGUGGUUACAAAUAUUUUGGAGCAGCGAAAGAACUACCAGGUGUUAGAGAAUUAUUUGAACAAGAACCACCGCCUCCACCUCGUAAAACGCGCGCUGAGUUAAUGAAGGACAUCGAUGCUGAUUAUUACGGUUACAGAGAUGACGAUGAUGGAAUUUUGUCGCCUUUGGAACAGAAAGCUGAACAGGAAGCAAGGGAAAAAGCAAUGCAGGAGUGGCUAACACAAAACGAGAAACAGCCAGAAGUAGAAGAAGAAAUUGAAACAACUGCACAAAAAGCAAUACCGUCGCAACAAGAUAUUCAGGAAGCAUUACUUGCAAGAAAAAAACAAGAACUAUUAGAGAAAUAUGUACUUUGACAAAUUUUAUUUCUUUUUCUUUAUGUAUUCAGUAACAACUAUUUGUAAGUUUAUUCGUUUAAUUGUAUUAGAGUACACUUUUAUAAAACGCGACAGAUAUAAUAUAAUUAUUAUUAAUUUAAUAACAUUGAUUAAGGUAAUUAUUUUGUGCAGUAGACGUUCAAACUUCAAUUAAUUCUUAUCGAGAAAGAGUGCUGUAGAUAAAAUAUAGAUAAAAAUCCAACGUUAGUCUGUUUAUAAUCCUCGCGAUCUUUAAAGAUUUUUCUUUUUGUUUUAUAUAUAUAUAUAUGUAUAUAUAUCCUUUUUUAUCGACUUUGUAAGCACUGGACACUCAAGAAAGCGACACAAUAGAAUAGAACAUCAGAGAACAAGACAAUCUGAAUUAUCGAAAUGUAAGAAUUUGUUCACCCCAUACAUUCAUAAUUGCCAAACAUUGUUGGAUAAAUAAAAUUCAAUAACUUUGUUAAAACACUCAAAAUUAA